UGCACUCUUCACAACUGUGUAGAAUAUAUAUAUAAUAUUUAAUUCAAUGAGCACAGAUAUUGUGAGAAAAUGGUGUCAGCUGAGGAGCGCUCCUGCCGCUGAGCUCUGAGUUAUUUGCUGAGCAUGCUGGGAUCUUGUUCCACCUGGACAGGCAUGUCUGUGUCUUCUUGGAUCCACUGAGCACACGGUGUCAACUACCUCGCAAAAAAAAAAGAAAAAAGAAAGAAAACCGGAGCUUCUCUUGCAGUUUGUGGAGACGGCGGCCUAUUGCACGGUAAACCCAUGUUAGCAGCGGAGCAGUUUUCCGUAUGGGCCACGUGUUCUCUGUUCCAGAUGAUCUGCUGUUGGACAGACUGUGAGAGGAGGAGUGAGCACUCAUCAACUUUCUAGGAAGGUUCUUUCUAAUCUGGUGACAGAGCCCAUCCUCAAGCAGGCUGCCAUGGAUCAUGUGCUGGACAUAGCUGACUGUUACUUCUUCACUCCUUACAUUUACCCGGUCUCGUGGCCUGAGAGCUGGGCUGUGCGCCAGAUUAUCAGCCUGUGGGUGGUAACCAACGUGGGAGCUCUGCUGGUUUACCUGGUUUUUGGUGUUCUUAAUUUCUACUAUGUGUUUGACCAUGUGCUCAUGAAGCAUCCGCAGUUUAUUGAGCAUCAAGUAAGAAAGGAGAUCCAGCUGGGAACAGUCUCCAUCUUCUGGAUGAGUUUUCCCACCGUGGUGCUUUUCUUCUGGGAAGUCAGAGGACACAGCAAACUUCAUGACAGCGUCAGUGAAAACUCCCUGGGCUGGUCACGACUGUUCGUAAGCAUCACUGGUUUCUUGUUCUUUACUGACAUGUGUAUAUACUGGAUUCACCGCGCCAUGCACCAUCAGAACAUUUACAAGCACUUACAUAAGCAGCACCAUACCUUCAAGAUACCAACACCGUUUGCCAGCCAUGCCUUCCACCCACUCGAUGGCUUCCUGCAGAGCUUACCGUACCACAUCUACCCUUUCAUCUUCCCUCUCCACAAGGUGGUUUACCUCUCCCUCUUUGUCUUCGUCAACAUCUGGACCAUUUCCAUCCACGAUGGAGACUACCGCCUUCCAGGCCCGCUGAUAUUUCUGAUUAACGGCGCUGCUCACCAUGUUGAUCAUCACCUGUACUUCAACUACAAUUACGGACAAUACUUCACACUCUGGGAUCGCCUGGGGGGCUCGUACCGACACCCAUCGGCGCUGCUGGGGAAGGGACCCCGUGACCAGAUUCGCAAGCUGACGACAGAAGCAGCACAGACACAGUGAUGAUGGACGCUCAGAGCAGAGAGCCAUUUCUGGACAUUAACAGGCUAUUAUGCUGCCAAUGGUCUAAAGCAGAAGAAAGAGACAGCCGGUACGAAAUAUGCAGAUGCCCUAGCUAGAUACUACCCAGGCAGAAGAUGAAAAUGAUAAAGCAUAGCAAAAUAACACACUGUAUGUUAGCAACAGUGUCAUAGGGUUAAGUAGUACUACUGGUGUGAAUGUAACGAGCACAGAUUUGGUGUUACACACAACUGUAGCAGAAAACUGAAAGUUGAAUCGAUGUGUUUUAAGCAUGUUUAAGCAUAAGAGCAAACCUUUUCCCCCAAUAAUUUGGCUGCUUUUAUAGUACAGCGACAUCCAGUGGCCAGACUACCUGCAAGAUAACUCUGGUAUUACUGCAUGGGUAAAGGUGAGAUGAUUUUGUUACAAACUCAGGAGACUAGAUCUGUUCAAAGCCAGGGCUCCUCGUUAUAACGCUGCAGAAAUAAGAGCCGUGGUUUAAUAAAUGCACACACAAACAGGA